AUGGACGUCGCCAUGACCAAGGACGAGACCGAAGACAAAGGCAUCAGUGUACCCGCACCAAGUAGUAGGGAGCGAGAAGGUGAAAGGGAUCGGGCAUAUGAUGGAGACAAAGGGAGGGGAGGUGACCGAGAAAGGGAACGUGACAGAGACAGAGACCGCAACAGAGAUAGGCGAGACAGAGAUAAAGACGGACACCGGGAUCGGGAUAGAAGAGAUAGUGGUCGUCCUCGUCGAGGUGGCGGAGCCGGUGACCAUUGGGAGCCGGACAGUGGACGCAACGGUGAACGUCGAAAACGUUCACGCUCUCGCACCCGUUCUCGGUCUCGCAGACGGUCAGCUUCCCCCCGCCGUCGUUCUCGUCGUUCUCGCUCUCGUAGUCGCUCCCGCUCCCGGUCACGUACUCGUUCGCGCAGUCGGGAUCGCAAGCCUGACCCCUUCGCUCGCUCACUCGGGGGGCCGAUGAAUGCUGACCACGAAGAGGCCGUCGAAUUCGCGAAGAUCAGCAAGAGAGAAAAUCGGGUCUACGUCGGCAACCUAAGUUACGACGUCAAAUACAGGGACCUGAUGGAAUUUAUGAGGGGAGCUGGUGAGGUUCUCUUCGCCGAAGUACUUGUGACUCCCACUGGCGUGUCGAAAGGCUGCGGUAUUGUCGAGUUCGCAUCACAGGAGGAUUCACAGAGAGCUAUUCGUGAAUUAUCCGAGGUUCCCUUGCUUGGCCGGCCCGUCUUCAUCCGCGAGGACCGAGAAAAUGAAGCUAGGUUUGGUGCUACACCAGUUCCAGGUAAAAUCGGUAUGGCGAUGGCCGGUCAAGGCCUUCAUGCUGCACCUCCUCCCCGACCAGCCUCCCACAAUUACUUCGGUACCCAUACUAACCCUGGUAACCAACUUUACGUUGGUAACCUGCCAUAUCAAGCCGGGUGGCAAGACCUCAAAGAUCUGUUCAGAACAGCCGGAAAUAUCAUUCGUGCAGAUAUUAACAUAGGGGCUGAUGGGAGACCAAAGGGCUCUGGAACGGUUGUAUUCGAGACAGCAAAAGAUGCGGUACAAGCAAUCAACAUGUAUCACGGUUUCGACUGGUACGGUCGUACGCUUGAAGUUCGAGAGGAUCGAUAUGCUGGACUCUCGGGCCCUGGGAGUUAUCGUGGGGGGCUACGCGGCGCUCCUCGUGGGGGCCUUCGUGGGGGCGGAUUCAGAGGUGGAGGAUUCCGUGGUGGAGGAUUCCGUGGUGGCUUUGGUGCACAGGCGGGUGCUGGACGCGAUUUUUCUAAUCAGGAUCUUUAUGCGGACUAUUCUGGUCCUGACCAGCAGGCUCCCGGUUUGCGCAUGGACGGUUACGGCGCCGGUGGCUACGGUGGGGCUGCCCCUGGGGCAAUGGGAGGAUAUGGUCCAGGUUAUGUAGACCCCGAGCCCAGUCAACAGAUCAUGGUUCGCAACCUCCCCUGGUCUACUGCCAAUGAAGAUCUAGUUGAGCUUUUCGAGACCACAGGCCAAGUUGAGCUUGCCGAGAUCUUGUUUGAUGGUACAAGGUCGAAGGGGUGUGGCGUUGUUCAGUUCUCUCAAGUCGGCGAAGCUGAAACUGCUAUCGCGAAAUUCCAACAAUACAUGUACGGUGGACGUCCAUUGGACGUCCGCUUCAACGACCGAUGGCAUACAUUUACACCGACUGCCGCCAAAGGGGGACAAGCCCCUGCUAUACCAGCUGAGGUUGCCUGA